AUGUCAAACCCAAUUGUAUUUCUUGAUAUCUUAAUUAAUCAAUCUCCUGCAGGCCGUAUAAAGAUAGAACUAUUUGCUGAUAAGGUCCCUUUGACUGCAGAGAACUUCCGUGCUCUUUGCACUGGUGAGAAGGGGAUUGGUCAGUUAGGGAAGCCACUUUCAUACAAGGGGUCAUCUUUUCAUCGUAUCAUCCCUCAAUUUAUGAUUCAAGGUGGUGACUUCACACAUGGUAAUGGUACUGGUGGUGAAUCAAUUUAUGGUUCUAAAUUCCGUGAUGAGAAUUUUAUUCUUCAUCAUGAUCAACCAUUUUUAUUGUCAAUGGCUAACGCUGGACCAAAUACAAAUGGGUCCCAAUUCUUCAUUACAACUGUUCCAUGUAGUUGGCUAGAUGGCAAACAUGUAGUUUUUGGUAAAGUUAUUGAGGGCCAGGAUGUAGUUAAGGAGAUUGAGAAAUAUGGCUCACAAAAUGGAAAGCCAAGUAAAAGCAUCAUAAUAACUGACUCAGGAAUGGUCCAGUAG